AUGUCUGGAAUUCAAGAGGUUUAUCACGUCGUAUCCCAUAGGCCCAUCUAUUUUUGGACAGCCGUAGAUGUCGAUCAAUGGCUGCGAAGGAAAAAACCGAAAUUUGCGCUAAAAUAUGCACAUUUCUUCGUGCGACAUAAUAUAACUGGUGAGUAGUUUAUCUUUCAAGAAUCUUUAGCAUUUUUCAAACCUUUUGAAUUUAAUUCUAGGUCGAGUGCUUGUUGAGAUUUCGAACGACGAUUUGCUUGAAAUCGGCGUGGAUUCAGUUGACGAUCGCCAAGAUUUGCUGCUGGAAAUUAAGAAGGAAAAAUUGUACAGCGAUUUAGACGAGUUCUCCAAACUUCGAAAAGAUGCUUAA